AUGUCUGCCCCUGGUCUCUCCAAGAUGUCUGCCCCUGGUCUCUCCAAGAUGUCUGCCCCCUUAUCUGUGCUAGUGAGAGGAGAGAGAGGAGGGAGAGAGGCCGCAGUGUGGACCAGAGGAGCUGAAGAGGAGAGGGAGGCGAAGAGAGAAGGCGUGAGGCUGAGAGAGGAUGGAAACGGGCUGUCCGUGGUGCUUAAGCUGUACUCUCUGAUGCUACAGAGUGGACUGAGGGGAGAGAGGAGAGGACAGGAGGGAGAGGAGCUGUCCGUGGUGCUGAAGCUGUUCGUUCUCAGCUGCUGUAGCUCCAUGAUGGCCGCUAAAUCGGACGGAACGCUGAAGAUGAAGAAGAGCGACGUGGCCUUCACGCCGCUGCACAACUCGGAGCACGCGGGCUCAGUGCUGGGGCUGCACGCGGGGGCCCCGGGGGGCCCUCCAGAGGUGGACUUUGUGAACGGGGGGUCCUGCUUGCACACGGAGCCUCAGUUCUCGCUGUGGGACGCACUGUGGCUGCUGGCCGCGGUGCUAGUGUACUCCCUGGAUGUGGGCACGGAUGUGUGGCUGUCCGUGGACUACUUCCUCCGGCGGGAGUUCUGGUGGUUCGGCCUAACGCUCUUCUUCGUGGUGCUCGGCUCUUUCUCCGUGCAGCUCUUUAGUUUCCGCUGGUUCGUUCACGACUUCACCGACUCUGCUACGCCCUGCGCCGCGGACUGCGCUCCCCUGGACGGGAACAAGCUUCUGAGCUGUUCCGCGUCCCAGGCCGACGUCCAGGGCCCGGGCCCCCCACAGAGACAGCCAUGUAGCCCGAAGAGACAGAGCUCUACAACCAGCAAGACCACCACCGUGAGCUCCGAGAAGCCACCCCCCGUGAGCUCCGAGAGGCCGCCCGCCGUCAGGUGCUGUGUGUGGGGCUGCGUGAGUGCCAUACACAUCCUGCAACUGGGCCAGCUGUGGAGAUACCUACACACCCUGUACCUGGGCGUCCGUAGCCGCCGCAGCUCAGCGCAGUGGCAGCUUCACUGGAGGAUGCUCUAUGAGUUUGCCGACGUGAGCAUGCUCCACCUGCUCGCCACCUUCUUAGAGAGCGCACCACAACUGGUGCUACAACUUCGCCAUUACGUCUCCGCGGACUAUUCUACGGCUCUACACGAAAAUACAAUGCUGUUUAAAAUACAAUAUCAAGGGAAAAAGAAGUAUUUAAAAGUGAAUGGAGUUUCAUAUUCUUCCUUUCUUAAGGAAGCAAAACAAAAGUUUGGCAUACCUGAUGAAACCAGUGUGUAUUUAUUGGAUGAAACCGGAACUGAAGUGGACGAAGAUGUGUUUGGUGAUGUUGUAGAGGAGAAUCCAGAAACGACUUGGAUUAUUGCUGGUGAACAUUCUGUAACAGACUCCCCUGCGCGAUCCUUCUGUACUGACACAGCGUCUGUGACAUCACAAUCAUCCGAUUCAGAUGCAUUCACAUCACCAAAAAGGCUUCGGCAUGAUGACAGCACUUUAGAGGCUAAAGAACUUGUCAGAAAUGUUUUGGAGCACAAACCGGGAGGAGAGAGAAUACUUGAAGAAUACCAACAGAAAGGUGAAGUAAAGGAUCAACUUAGACGAAAGCUGGUCAACAUCCUUGUUACUGACAUGGUGGAGAAACAUGGGAGCACUCCACCAAUGCCAAUUAGGACCAAAUAUGCAAUGGGCAUUGUUGCCCUUUUUCCUGCUUUUAAAGAUCCGUACUCUAAAAAAGGAUAUGAACAUUUUUUUGAUGAAGGUAGUAAUGAAGGUUACAUCGCCUGGAAGUUAAAGAACAUGCAGCGGGAACUAGGCCUCGGCAAGAGAAGAAGCUGCUCCUCACAGAACACCAAACAAAGGGGACCAGAAGUUGAACGAUUGGUGGCCACAGCGGAACAGUUGGAUGGAGACCAGUGUUUAGAGGCCGUGUCGCUCCUUAAGCACAGCACUGAUGAAGAGCAAAUCUUCAUGAAGAUGAAACAAACCUUCCAGUACAGACAAAAACUGAUUCGUGAUCCUGAGAAAUCCAGCACAGUGUUCAAUGUUUUUCCCAGGUUCCUCAAUAUCAAGGGAUUGCUACUCGAAGAUUUCAAAUUGCUUUUUGGAGAAGAGACCUCAUCAAAGCUUUUGGAAAAGUGGGGGACAUCACUGAAGACCAAAGUCAUACAUCAAGCUAAAAGCCUCACCAAGACACCUACUCUUGAAUCUCUGAUCUCUGCUGCAGAGGGGCACCCAGAUGAACACAUUUUAGAAUGGGAUAGUGACAUGUCCUCACUGCUGCUGCUGGUGUAUCUCCUGCCUCCUCCACCUGGUGGCAAGAAAAGGGCUGUAAAGAUUGGUGUCCGGGAAGCUGUCGAUCAUGUGAUAAAGUUUCAUAAGUCGGGUCGCAGCCUUCAGGAAGCGACCAGAAUGACCGCGGCGGCCUCCCUGGUGUCCCUGGCCUGGUCUCUGGCCUCGUACCAGAAGGCCCUGAGGGAGUCUCGGCAGGACAAGCGCUCCAUGAGCUACGUGGGCGUGACGCUGCAGUUCUGCUGGCACUUCUUCACCAUGGCGGCGCGCGUCAUCACCUUUGCGCUCUUUGCGUCCGUGUUCCAACUGUACUUCGGCCUCUUCAUCGUGCUGCACUGGUGCGUCAUGACCUUCUGGAUCGUCCACUGUGAGACCCACUACUGCGUCAGCAAGUGGGAAGAGAUUGUGUUCGACAUGGUAGUGGGCAUCAUCUACAUCUUCUCCUGGUUCAACGUGAAGGAGGGCCGCACACGGUACCGUCUCUCCAUCUACUACAUUCUGAUGCUGCUGGAGAACACGGCGCUCUCCACGCUGUGGUACCUGUACCGUGCUCCGACUGCAGAUGCGUUUGCGGUGCCCGCUCUCUGCCUGAUCUUCAGCUCCUUCUUCACCGGAGUGCUCUUCAUGCUCAUGUACUACGGCUUCUUCCACCCCAACGGACCACGCUUCGGACGCUCCCCCAGCGGACAGGGCCUGGACUUGGACCCCACCGCGCACUUCUCCACGCUGCCACACGAGGGCGCCACCAACUCACUUAAGUCCAACCGUGGGGGGUCGUUAUCGACACUGGAGCGCGACAAGCCGCGGGAGAAGGUGUGUGAGCGUGACGGCUGCCCGCCUGUGUUCCAGGUGCGCCCCACAGCCCCCUCUACGCCCUCCUCUCGCCCGCAUCGCCUGGAGGAAACUGUGAUCCGCAUCGACCUGAGCCGGAGCAGGUAUCCAGCCUGGGAGCGGCACGUCCUAGACCGUGGCAUCCGCAAAGCCGUCCUCGCCGUGGACUGCACGCUCACGCCGCCGCGGCUUCAGUACAAGGACGACGCGCUGGUGCAGGAACGGCUCGAGUACGAGACCACCCUUUAG